CCGUCGCAAGCUAGCCUUCGCCCCGCGUGCCCGGCCAGCCAACGGCUGUUACUGUGGACACCCGCAGGUGGUCGCACGACCUUCGGGGCCGACGGGCAGCCGUCCGGAUUGGACCAGCGCGACCUCGACCGGGUGCGCGAAGUGAUGGCUCAGGCGCUAGCCCCGUCAACCGCAGAGACGUACGGCGCGGGGCUAGUGGCGUUCCACGCAUUCUGCGACGAACGCGGAAUAGCGGAGGAGCAACGGACACCCGCAUCGGCAACGCUCAUGCUUGCAUUCCUCGCAGCGCUGGCCGGCCUAUACGCAGGGUCGACAGUGGCCAAUUACUUCUACGGCGUACGAGCAUGGCACCUCAUCCACGGUGUCGCCUGGAAUAUGGACGACUCAGCCAUGCAAUCGAUGCUGAAGGCGACGGCUAAGCUUACCCCGGCGGCCUCGAAGCGCAAGAAGCGAGAGCCGUACACCGAGGAUCUCAUCCGCGCGAUACGGCAACAGCUCGUCGUCGACCAGGGUUUCGACGCCGCAGUCUACGCGUGCCUGACGGUGGCGUUCUACGCAUGCGCACGGGUAGGCGAGCUCACCGUGCGCAACCGCAGCAGCUUCGAACCCGGCACCCACGCCAAGCGCGCGGACCUCGGGCUAGCCGUGGAUAGGAACGGGCUGCGGCAGCAAACCUUGCAGCUGCCGCGAACCAAAUGCGCCGUCGGCGGGGAGCAGAUCCAUUGGGGACAGCAGGACGGGAUCACAGACCCCGUCGCCGCCCUCGCGAAUCACCUCAGCGUCAACAGCUUGGAUGACGACGAACACAUCUUCGCAUACAAGGCACGAAACGGGCAAGUCUGGCCGCUGACGCGCAAAGCCUUUCUAGACCGCAUCCGGGCCGCCACCAAAGCAGCAGGCAGAGCCCCGCUCCAAGGACACGGCAUUCGAAUCGGCGGGACCCUCGAGUAUCUAUUGAGAGGCGUCCCGUUCGAGGUCGUCAAGACCAAAGGGCGCUGGGGAAGCGAGGCUUUCCUGGGGUAUCUCCGGAAGCACGCGGAGAUCCUCGCCCCCUACAUGCAAGCGCGGCCGCGGCUACAAGCGGAAUUCAUACGGUACGCCAUGCCGCCGGUCCGUUGA